AUGGGUGCCGGAGCAAGUAAACCCUCUGCACCCUCUGCAGAACCCCCUGCAGCAACAUGUCCUGUUGACCACAAGACUCGUGAGGUUUGGCUGCAACAGAAUGGCAAAGCGCCUCAUCCUCCGAAUUCCGAUGCACCCGCACAGGGAACACCACCAGUCAAGUCACAACGACCACUAUCAACAGAUCGGGAAGUGAGCAGUAUUCCUCGGGCUGGUGAUUUCAGCUCAGCAAGCGCCUGCCCUGAGGCUAACAAGGCUGCUCCAUCCCCAUACGCUGCGUCGCAUGGUGGCCCAUCGAACGCCGAAACCGAGACUGGCCGUGACGAAGCCACUGGAAAUUGGAUCUACCCCUCAGAAAAGCAGUUCUUUGAGGCCCUGAUGCGCAAAGGCAACACCCCUGGAUCGACUGAAACCGCCUCCGAACUCGCGACAUCUGUAGCCUCCAUCAUCCCAAUUCACAACGCCGUCAAUGAGCGCGCGUGGGACCAAAUCCUCGAUUGGGAGAAGAAUGGCCCCUCUUCAGAUCCUGGGAGCAAGAAGUGCGGAGGCCCUAAACUAUACUCCUUCCGAGGACUCGGUGUCGAUCCACAGUACCUGAGUCCGCGUGCGCGCAUCAAUGGAUGGCUCGGUUACCAGCACCCGUUCGAUCGACACGACUGGGUUGUGGAGCGCUGUGGCGGUGAGCGGGUGGAAUACGUGAUCGACUUCUACCAGGGCAAGCCGUCUGACAAGUCAGGUUCGGGCCUGGCUGCCAAUGCCGGUCCUGGGAAACUUAGCUUCUUCCUCGACGUGAGGCCCAAAUUGAACACUUAUGAAGGUUGGAGGCUGCGUUUUAAUCGUUUCACGGGCCUAUAA